AAAAGCUUCUACUCCCUAGCAACACCAAAAUAACGAAGGGGUGACCACUUUUCUUUAUUUUUACGCGUUCUCAUAAAACAUCCAUGGUUCUAAGUAAGGACGUGUGGGGAUAUUAGCUAGCUACAGUACACGAGAAGUCUGACUUUUAUUUAACCGAAACGUUUUAAUUUCCGGCAGCGGAACUGGUUAUUUUGUACCACACGGAACAGGUAGCGUUGGGGACGGAAACCAAAUCUGUAAACAAACGUAACGUUUGUUCGCUAGCAACAGUUUUAGUUGGAAGACGUAAACACGUGCUAACAAUUGUGGACUAAGCUCAGAGAAGAUGUUUAAAAACACGUUUCAAAGCGGAUUCUUGUCCAUUUUAUACAGCAUUGGCAGCAAACCACUUCAGAUAUGGGAUAAAAAGGUGAGGAAUGGGCAUAUCAAGAGAAUCACAGACAAUGACAUCCACUCACUGGUGUUGGAAGUUGAGGGGACAAACGUCAGUACCACGUAUAUAACAUGUCCCGCAGACCCCAAGAAAACAUUGGGCAUCAAGCUUCCUUUUCUCGUUAUGAUAAUCAAAAAUCUCAAGAAGUAUUUCACCUUUGAAGUCCAGGUGUUAGAUGAUAAAAAUGUUCGCCGGCGGUUUCGGGCGAGUAACUAUCAAAGCACGACUCGAGUGAAGCCUUUUAUCUGCACCAUGCCUAUGAGGCUGGACGAUGGCUGGAACCAGAUUCAGUUCAACCUUUCGGACUUCACCAGGAGGGCCUAUGGGACCAAUUACAUCGAGACGCUGCGUGUACAGAUCCACGCUAACUGUCGAAUAAGGAGAGUGUAUUUCUCAGACAGACUGUACGCUGAAGACGAGCUCCCAGCCGAGUUUAAACUCUACCUGCCUGUCCAGAACCAGAAAGCGAAGUAGAGAUUCUCACCCUGCACUGUUCCCCCAGACCUGAUGUGGAGUUUAGCUUUCAGAUUCUCUGUGUGUAGACAUACAAUGAACUUUAAAACUUUGCAAUAUUGUAAUUUUGAAACUAUGGCUUUUGAGUGCUGUUUUAUGUUGCUCUCUGCACAGUAAUUUUUUUUAAUGGACUUCUCUGUCCUCAGUUUUCAAUGCCGACUGAAGGGGUUUAAAGAUGAUAGAAUCCGUUUUCGCCACAAUACAAUAGUGUGCAAUAAUAUGUGCUGGCAACUAACCAGGGAAUUCAGGAUACUCCUCUGUUACCUGCUAAUAAAAAUGAAGGUGUUU